GCGGCCGCCGUGUUGCGUCAUCCCAGCGCGCCGGAAGUGACUGCAGCGGUCGCCAGGGCCCCCCCCCCCCCGGAAGUGGUCGCUGUGGAGUGUAGCUGCUGACUCUGACUCCUGGUUUGCGAUGGGUUGCGACGGAGGAACAAUCCCGAAAAGACACGAGCUGGUGAAGGGGCCGAAGAAGGUUGAGAAGGUUGACAAAGAUGCUGAGCUAGUGGCCCAGUGGAACUAUUGCACUCUAAGUCAAGAAAUAUUAAGGCGACCAAUAGUUGCCUGUGAACUCGGCAGACUUUAUAACAAAGAUGCUGUCAUUGAGUUUCUAUUGGACAAAUCUUCUGAAAAGCCUCUUGGGAAGGCAGCAUCUCACAUUAAAAGCAUUAAGAAUGUGACAGAACUGAGGCUUUCUGAUAAUCCUGCCUGGGAAGGGGACAAAGGAAACACAAAAGGUGACAAACACGAUGACCUCCAGCGGGCACGUUUCAUCUGCCCCGUUGUGGGCUUGGAGAUGAAUGGCCGGCACAGGUUUUGCUUCCUGCGGUGCUGUGGUUGUGUGUUUUCUGAGCGAGCCUUGAAAGAGAUAAAAGCAGAAGUUUGUCACACAUGUGGGGCCGCCUUCCAGGAUGACGAUGUCAUCGUGCUCAACGGCACCAAGGAGGAUGUGGAAACGCUGAAGGGGAGGAUGGAGGAGAGGAGGCUGAGGGCAAAGCUGGAGAAGAAAGCAAAGAAACCCAAGGCGGCAGAGUCUGCCUCAAAGCCAGGUGUCAGUGAAGAAUUUCCAGGGCCAUCAAAAAUUAAGACAGGGAAGCCUGAAGAAGCCAGCCUUGAUUCUAGAGAGAAGAAAGCCAGCUCAGCUCCCCGGAGUGCAGCAAACGGGAGCUCUUCUGGAAAAGUCGGGAAGCCUCUGGGUGGACCCCCAAAGCGGUCCAUUGCGGACAGCGAAGAGUCGGAAGCUUAUAAGUCCCUUUUCACGACUCACAGCUCCGCCAAGCGCUCCAAGGAGGAGUCCGCCCACUGGGUCACCCACACGUCCUACUGCUUCUGAAGCACGUGCUGCACCCCGUGCCACACAGGCCCGUCCAGUUUCCACCAGGGCAGGUGGCCGGGGCAUG